AUGAUGCGGUUCUCGGGCAUUCACUACGAUGUUGUUGUCGCACGAAGUCUUUCGGGCUUGAUCACUGCCUUUGAUCCGCGCAGUUACAAUACAUGCUACGCGGUGAGUGAGAAACUGGUGCACUGGCUUCGAGAACAACGCUACGCUGUUGACACACAUUCGUUCAUGCUUCAAUGCAACGAGUGUGGAACGAUGGUCGAAGGAGAGCAUCAGGCGCUUGAGCAUACGAAACGCACGCUCCAUGCAAGCUAUGGAGAAAAGGCUACAUAG